AUGGACCAGCGGACUGACCUCCGUAGCCAGCACACGAGCUUCGCAAAGCCUACUUUCUUGCUAGCCGUCCUCAUCUUUGAGGUCGGUAGCCUCAUUUGCGCUGUUUCUCAAGACUCCAAAACUUUGAUCAUUGGCCGCGCCAUUGCGGGACUGGGUGCAGGAGGCGUAUCUGGAGGAGUGCAUCUCAUCGUCGGGCUGAGUUGUCGGCCGUCGCGCGCGCCAUUGUUGCUUGGUAUCGUAGGGGCCAGCUUUGCAAUAGCUCGUGUGGUUGGGCCACUACUUGGCGGUGUCUUCACGGAGCAUCUCUCUUGGCGAUGGUGCCUCUACAUCAACUUGCCGAUUGGCGGAGUGGCAGCAGCCGUCAUAUUCUUCUACUACACAACUCCACCACACGCCAAGUCAGCAGAGGCUUCUUUGGGAGAGAAGAUCCUGCAGAUGGACCUCGGCGGUGCAGCGCUCAUCCCUGGGGCAGUCACAUGCUUCUUACUGGGACUACAGUGGGGCGGCAUAACCAAAUCUUGGCAAGACUCUACAGUCAUAGGCACACUCACCGGAUCUGGCCUUCUGCUUGUGGCCUUUACCGCGCUCGAAAUCUACCUGGGUGAACGAGCCGCGCUGAUACCACGAAUCGUCAGGCAGAAGACGGUGGCACUAGCGAUGGUAUACCAGACAGACCUAACUGGAUGCUUCUUUUCAUUCCUAUACUACCUGCCAAUCUACUUUCAGUCAGUCUCAGGAAUGAAUGCUGCCGACUCAGGCGUCCGAACCAUACCGCUAGUCGCCGGAGCUGGAGUCUUCUCGAUUGUCGUCGGCAUGGUCAUAACUCUCACGCGCGACUACCAGCUACUGGUCCUCAUUGGCUGUACAAUGGUCACAAUUGGCGCUGGCCUGAUGUACACCCUCGACCAGAAUAGUACCAGUGCGCAAUGGAUAGGCUACCAGGUUCUGGAAGGUAUUGGCUUGGGAUGUACCAUGCAGGUAAGGAGUCCCAGACAUGGACCAAGUCAAUUCCUCGCUGGUUGUUGA